UCCUUUUGCGGCAGACAUUGCAGAAAAAAAUCACAUUGAUAAUAUUGAAAUUUCUAUAGAUGAUCUCACCGUUUGGCAUCUCAAGAAACUCAUCUGGAAGCAGAAACAACGUACACUUGCUGAUAUUGACCCUGACCAACUAACGCUAUGGAAGUGGGAAAUACUCGAAAAUUCUCACCUCGAAAUUGACAUAAAGAAAGAAUUUGAGGGUGUGAAGUUAUUCUCAACUAUGAAGUUUAAAGAAGCUUUCCCGGGCAAACUUCCAGAUAAUGUCGUCCAUGUUAUCGUGCAAUUACCCAAUGAUUCGGACGAAAAAAGCGAAGGCCAAGAAAGUAAAAAAGUAAAACUCGUAGCAACUGCUAGUAAAAUAAUGGAGGGAAUAAUGAAACUUCCUGAUAUUUGUAACGUUUAUUCAGAUCCGAAAAAUUUCCUUUUAUUACCAUUUCCAUAUCCUGGAUCAAAUCUACCAGUAGAUAGGUUUGCUAUUGAUGAAGAUGGCCUUUUCACCUUUAUGGGAAGAAAAGAAUUUAUAAAUAUUUUGAACCAAAUCAACACAUUUAAAUCACGCACUGGUUAUAUGGAAAUGUUUAUUUAUGGCACAGUUGGGUAUGGAAAAUCUCAUAUUCUUACAGCAAUAGCUUGCUUUCUUUUCCGGAUUGGAAGGCGCGUUGUAUAUCUUCCCGAUUGUCGCAAACUGGCUGUAGACCCAAUAGAAUACAUUAAAUCAGCUUUAUUUCUCACCUAUGUGAAUAAUGAUGUGAAAACGAGCGAAAUUAAUACUUGUGAAAGUUUUGAUCAGAUUAUAAAAUUUUGCAGAUCAUUAGAUGAAACAUUAUAUUUUAUUGUAGAUCAAAUGAAUGCUCUGGACGAGUGUAAUGAUACAGGAAUUAAUCCAGAAAAGAAGCGACAAGUUAAAGAAAAUAUUGAUAAAUUGUGCUGGAAUCAUUUUUACAUUAAGAGCUCUUUGGCAAGCAACCAUGCAGUAUUGCACCUUAAGCAGAAACAGACUAAUGAAAAGAAAAUUACAUUUUAUGGAGGAUUUGAUGAGGAGGAGAUGGAAGAAUGGUGGAAGAGGCAUAAUUCCGUUUUGCCAGCAAUGGAUAACUUGCAAAAAGACCAAAUUGAAGACAUUACAGGCAAAAUUCCACUUUUCUUAAACGUUUUGCUAGAAUCUGAAAGCAAAAAUUUUGAAGAGGC